CUCGUGUUUAUCAAUGAUGUCAUGCAGGAGGCCUAGUGCAUUAGCAGUGUUAGCUCGUGGUGGGAUGUAAACAGCAGUUAAAUACACAGCGCUAAACUCACGAGGCAAAUAAAAAGGUCUGCAUUUCACCAUCAGCAGCUCAAUGUCCUGCGAGCAGUGCUUUUCCAUCGUCUGUACGUCUGUGCACCACCGUUUGUUUACGUAAACACAGACGCCGCCACCUCUGUGUUUACCAGACGCUAAAGUCCGAUCUCCCCGGUAAGCAGCAAAUGAUUCCAACUGGAUCGCCGAGUCCGGUAUAUCCUCCGUCAGCCAGGUUUCUGUGAAGAUGAGUUGGACAGUUACAUGUACCAAACAGUGGGUCACCAGGCCAUUGAGCUGUACGCCGAGGCCAUGGACGUGCCACUAUACCGACGCACUAUUCAGGGCUCCAGCUUGGACACCAGCAGAGACUACCAUCAAACAGAAGGGGACGAGGUCGAGGACCUUUAUGAGCUGUUGCGCCUCAUCAAGGAAAAGGAGGGUGUUGAGGCAGUGUCUGUAGGAGCCAUUCUUUCUGAUUACCAGAGGGUCCGUGUUGAAAAUGUGUGUUUUCGUCUUGGUUUGCAGCCUCUAGCAUACCUGUGGCGCCGAGACCAGGAGUCACUGCUCACUGAGAUGAUAUCGUCUGACCUCCACGCCAUCCUCAUCAAAGUUGCCGCCUUUGGCCUGGAUCCCGAGAAGCACCUGGGAAAGUCUCUGGCCGACAUGGAGCCCUACCUGAAACAGCUCUCUCAGAAGUACGGCGUCCAUAUUUGUGGUGAAGGAGGGGAAUAUGAAACCUUCACCCUGGAUUGUCCUCUCUUCAAAAAGAGGCUUGUCAUUGAUGCAGCGGAGACAGUGAUCCACUCUGCAGAUGCCUUCGCUCCGGUCGGGUACCUUCGUUUCACCGCCUUGCGCACCGAGAGCAAAGCCAGCGGUGUGGCGGCGGUAGCUGUGGCUCGUUGUCCUUGCCAAAGCGCCAUGGACAAGAUAACGGAGGAGGUGGAAUAUGCUGAUGGAGCCGGAGACGACCACCACCACCGAGAAUUUACAUCAGAUGCUGACCUUAGUUGUCAGCAGGGCCACGUGCUUCCUGGAGAUUUGCCUCCAUCCUGCUCGUUCAGAAGUUCUAGAGGUUAUCAGUGGAUCUCCGGCAUCAACGGGCAACAAAGCCAAGACCCCGGGAUCCAGGGCCAGACUGCGGCAGCUUUCAUACUCUUGCAAAGUGAGUUGAACAGUAGAGGCUGGAGCAUGAAGGACAUUGUCCUUGUACACCUGUACGUGAGCCAUAUGGAGGACUUCGGUCCACUCAACACAGUGUACAAGAAACACUUUGGGACAAACCCUCCUGCCAGGGUGUGUGUGCAAGCCCAGCUACCCGCUGGCCAGCUGCUACAGAUGGACUGUCUCCUCCAUACCUGGACCGAGCCCCCGACGGAGGACAGCUUUCACCAGAGAGAGGCGCUGCACGUACAGAGUCUUUCUCACUGGGCCCCGGCCAACAUUGGGCCCUACAGUCAAGCCCUCAGGGUAGAUGAUGCUGUGUUCUGCGCGGGCCAGAUCGCACUGAUCCCCUGCACCAUGCAGCUGGUGAAGGCCGGCACCUGGAUGCAGGCUCAGUUGUGUGUCAGCCACGUGCGGAAGGUUCUGGAGGCCGCGAUCAGCUGCUUGAGUCUGGCCCACGUCAUCCAGGCCCACUGCUACUCCACAAGACGCCAGGACAUCCCCAUCAUCCGGGCUGUAUUAGGACGCAUGCUGGAGACGACAGAAGAGGAGCUGAUUAUGGGGCCUGACAGUAAACCUGCUCCAUCACUGGUGCUGGUUGUAGUACCUGCCUUACCCAAAGGCGCCGCUGUCGAGCUCCACAUCACAGCCAUCCAGGAUGACCCCAGCCUAAGGACUUCCUGUCACAUGACCACAAAGUUGGGUUAUGGCCAUAUAAAGUGCCAUACUGUGACAUCUGCUGACCGGUGCACCGCUUCCCUGUCCCUCUGCCUGGCUGUUGUCGACCCCGAGAUCAGUGCAGAUGUCGGGGAGGUCACUGAAGCAAUCGCCUCGGCUUUUGACAAAGCCCUGAAGAAGACCGAGGCCGAGCUGGUGCCGCUCUGUGCACGGGUCUUCUACAAGUGCGACCACUCGCUUGGACAGCGGGUUGUUGAAGGACUUGAGGACACCUUUAAAAAGUUUCUAGGAGAGUCCAGUCCAUCCGUUGCCCUGGUUCCAGUCCUGGACUUGCCUGACUGCCGCAUCCUCCACCUGUCCUGUUGGCUCAGCGCAUAAGAACCAGAGCCAGGAUCAACAGCCGCACAACUUUGGAGCUCAGUGGAGCUUCUCUCACAGGAUUGACUCUUGACUUGAACAACAUCUCUGAACAACAUGACUAUUCAAAGCUCAAUGUGAUAUAAUCGUGGUGUAUGGGUCGAGAAUACAUCCAGUUAGCCUACAGUGCUGCUGACUGCUGCUCAGUCUCAAGGAUUUCUUAGGCAGACAGGCUUCCAGACUGCAACUAAAUACCGGUAGUCGCGUUUUGCGACUAAAAUAUGAAGCAUCGCAAGUGAAUUUUUCAUCUACUCGCGCAUGUGCGACCAGAUAAAGUGUUGAGUUCCCGUAUUGCGUUCACCGGGGAUGUCCCUUAUUACCGUGAGAAUGAAAAAUAGUCAAUGAAAUGUGUCAUGAAUCGAUGACAGCUUGUCACAGUCUCAGCCUAUCGAUGCCAGCGUGUGUAAUCGCUCACGUUUGACUCGCACUGGUCCCCUCGUCGAUAAAAUGAUACCGACUGCAUUGCGGGUUUUGCCGACUGGAGCUAAGUCGGUACUGUGCAGUGGCAAAGCGCCUGUUUUUUAACUGAAAAUGGUUAAAAACUUUUGUUUAACAUGAUAAUCUGAAAUGGAACGUGUCUCCCAGUCGUAUAUAUUUAAAAUAUACCAUUAUGCAAAUAAUAAAAAUGUGGAGCAGGACAUGUACAAGCGAGUUAGCAAUGUUAACAAUGAAAACACAUGGCGGACCACUGCGCUAUAACACAACAUGUACAUUUACUCAACCACUAAUGUGUUCUAGUACUAACAUAAAAAAACAUAAAAAGGACAAUUUCAGGAAAAUCUGUUUGUUUUUUUUUUGUGUUUCUUUACAAAUUGGCAUUGCCAAUACUGGCUCAGCAUCAACAGUCGUUUGAACAGGGGUUCCUUUACUUAGUCGCCUCCAGAAAGAAGUAAAGAAAAGCAUCUCUUUGUUUCAGGUAGCUUCCUAGUUAACACCAUCUGUGUGUGUUUGUGUGUGUGUGUGUGUGUGUGUGUGUGUGUGUGGGUGUGGGUGUGUGUCAUGCUCCACGGGACUGGAGGUGUGUUAUUAUUGUGUAAUGGGCAAUCAGCACCAGGCACCCGAAAAGAUUAAGCCUCUUUAUGUUUUCUAUUGAUUCUAAAGGCGGCCUGGUUAAUAGGAGAGGGACUUCGCCUCACACCGCUGCAGGCAAAGAAUUAAGCUCAAUGUGUGUGUGGAGAAAAUAAGACUAUUAACCGUCGCUCCUGGAACAUUUCUUUUCUCAAAGAUCAUGAACCAUAUUGAUGAACCAGAGUCAGAAUGCAUCUUCCAUACUCACUCCGCCGCCAUUAUCACGGGGCCGACUGAUCGAUCCUCGCCACGCCCAGCCUCGCUGUUGUUUUGUUUUGAUUGUUGCUAUCAAAAAUUGAACAAUGGAGGCAGCCAAUAGAGCCUGAAGAUUUUUCUUUAUUGAUGGUUGAAAAACACAAACAAGCAAUUAUUUAUGAACUACAGCAAGCUAAUACUCUGGAAAGUGUGUUUAUGUUCAUCUGUUUUGUUUUGGGGGGCUAAAACUUUUUUUCAUAAUACAACUAGAUAAGAGAUAAAACACUUGGAGAUCUUCAGUACUCUCAAACAUGAGCCUACACAGAAUGGACAGUCACUAAGAAUGUUCAAAAAUUGUGGAAUUUACAGUGGAGAUGGUGAUGACAAAUUGUGUAUGGCUUUACAAUUGAAACUAAUAGAAAACUAAUUUGUUUUUAUGCAUUAAUUAUUACAAAACUUACUUGGACAUUAUUAGCCUACGCAUCUUGACAUUGAGUGACAAACACACCUUUGCAUUUACUCCACCAAUCAGCUUUUUUGGUGUGUCGUGUCAGCUUACAAUGUUCCAUUCCUGAUGAACUGUAUUUACAUGUGUCAGCCUUUUUUAAAAAAAAACAUCCAUACAUUUUCUAUGCUGCUAAGGUAGCGGGAGCCUAUCUUUUAUGCUGCUCGGGUGCUGGAGCCUAUCCCAGCUGACUUUGGGCUGUUCGCCAGCCAAUGGCAGGGCACAUAUAGACAAACAACCACUCACACUCACAUUCUUACCUAUGGACAAUUUAGCAUCGCAAAUGAACCUAACAUGCAUGUUUUUGGAAUGUGGGAGGAAAUCGGAUUACCCGGAGAAAACCACGCAAGGGGAUAACAUGCAAACUCCACACGGAGAUGCCCAAGCGGAGAUUCGAAGCCAGGUCUUCCCGAUCUCCUGACUGUGUGACCAACAUGCUAACCACUCACCGUGCAGCCCCAUACUUUAAUUAUGUACUUUCAAAUUUGAGCUUGUUAUAGCCUUUGUAAUCACUAUGGACACUUUUCAGGAUGUCCAAAUUGUCUAUGAGAUUUACAAUGGAAAUUAGGAACAGUAAUAAUAUCAGUACUGAUGAUAAUUAUGUUUCUAUGCAUUCAUUCUUUCCAUCUAACUUGUUUGGUUGAGAUGGAAGAGCUUUUUACAGAAUCUAAGCAGUGUGCAUGGUCUGUAAGGAUGUCCACAUUGUCUAUGGAAUAUACAAUGGAAAUGAAGAAUCAACAUUUAAUAGAAAUACUGAUGAUGAUCAAGGUAGUUAUUUGCUUAUAAUGUUCUAAUUCUUGCCAUGUAACUUUAGUUUUAGUCAAUAGUGAAGAUUUUUUUAAUGAUCUAAUAUAGUAGAUGUUAAAUUAUAUCAAAUCAGUCGGAAUGUCUCUAAGGAUGUUGAAAUUGUAUAUGGGCUUUGUUUUCAUACGUCCAAAUUUGUGAUUUAACUUGAAUUCUUUCUAAAGAGGUGGAAGUUUUCACAUAAUCCUGUAAUCAGUAUGCACAGUCUAUAAUGACAAUCAAAUUGUCUUUGGGAUUUACUAUGGGAAUUAAGAAACAGUGAUUCAUGUAAAUGUGAUGAUUUUUUUUUAUGUGUUAAUUAUUGCCAUCUAACUUUAGAUUUUGAGUGAAUGUUUUAUCUAGCCCAUAAAACACAAUAAAAUAUACACAAGCGUUGUACCGAAAUGUUGUUGUUGAGAUUUGUGUUUUUAA